AAAACACAACUUAGUGUCAGAGGAUUCAGUGACCCAGACUGAAUGAACAGCCUGAGAGCAGUGUACAGAUUUUCCCCUCUAAAGUGGCUGAGCGAGCCUCGCCCAUCUAACCGGUCAGAGAGGGCCAGAGUCAGGGGUGGUCUACUGCUCCUUUCACACCGAGGCUUCAGAUUAAUAUGAGCUGCUGGAAGAGGCUGCUGUGGCUGACUCACAGGCCAACAAACUCCCGAUUCCUGCACCGGCCGAGACGGCGAACCCGGCGAGGAUGUAGGUGAAGCAGGUGCCAAAACAGUUAAGAAGUAAAGAGGCAACUCAAAGGACUAUGCAUUACAGAGACGGCAGAGGGGGAAAAUCUGCGAUUUAAAAAAUACACUGCUCUACAAUCGCUGAUGGUCAUUUGCUGCCUGGACAUGACUGUUGUUUGAACUGACGCUUGAGGAGUCACAGUGGCAGGAUCCUUCAGCCAGCCAUUCAUCUUCAUGCCACUGUGAGGAGGAAUCACUCAUCCUGAGAACGACUUCGCCCCUUGUGUUUCUCUUCUCUUUUAGCCAUGGGGGGAGCCGUGAGCGCCGGGGAGGACAAUGACGACCUCAUUGAUAAUCUGAAAGAAGCUCAGUAUAUUCGCACAGAAAAAGUUGAACAGGCUUUUCGGGCCAUAGACCGCGGUGACUACUAUCUGGAUGGCUACCGGGACAGUGCCUACAAAGACUUGGCGUGGAAGCAUGGCAACAUACACCUGUCUGCUCCGUGUAUAUACUCUGAGGUGAUGGAGGCCCUCAAACUGCAGCCAGGACUUUCUUUCCUCAAUCUGGGCAGUGGAACCGGCUACCUGAGCACAAUGGUUGGCCUUAUUAUAGGGCCAUUUGGUGUUAACCAUGGAGUUGAGCUCCAUAAGGACGUGGUUGAAUAUGCCAGAGAGAAACUGGAUGAUUUCAUAAAGAAUAGUGACAGCUUUGAUAAGUUUGAGUUUUGUGAACCCAUCUUUGUGGUGGGGAAUUGCCUUGAAAUCUCAACAGACAGUCAUCAAUACGACCGCAUUUAUUGUGGUGCCGGAGUGCAGAAGGACCAUGAAAAUUACAUGAAAGUACUGCUUAAAAUUGGAGGCAUUCUGGUGAUGCCUAUAGAGGAUCAGCUGACCCAGAUAACCAGGACUGGUCAGUGCACAUGGGAGAGCAAAAACAUCUUGGCGGUGUCCUUUGCCCCCUUGGUCCAGCAGAGCAGAGCUGAUGGAGACAAGCCUGACACUGUCCAGCUUCCCCCAGUGACUGUCCGCAGCCUCCAGGAUCUCUCUCGGAUCUACAUACGCCGCACCCUCAGAAACCUGGCCAACGAGGACAGUCAGGGGAAGGGGAUGGUCCAAAGAGUCCCCCAGAAGCGCAAACGCAGGCGCUGCCGGCGGCGACGCAUCAACACCUACGUUUUUGUAGACAACCAGCUGAUCCCCCAAAUGGUGGAGAGUGAGGAGGAGGAUCACGCUGAGGAAGAAAACAAGGAAGUGGAGGAGGAGGAGGAAAGAGACAUUGGCGACAUUGAAAUCCUCAAGCAAGUGAACGUGUUGAGAGACCAAAUAAUGGCUUUACCGCUGCCUGAGUCACUGAAAGCAUAUUUGCUGUAUUACAGAGAGAAAUGACUGAUUCCCUUGAUAUCCAUUCUUAAUGGGUGCAGCUCCUGCUGAAAUGCUUUUCUUCACCCUUUUCAGUACAAAUGUAGCAUUAUUUCCAUUAAAUCUUGAUGGUAAAACUGUAAAGGAAUGAAACGUCACAGAUAAUAUUGGAUAAUAAUGUUAUGAUUGUCAUGACUUGUUAGUUUUUUGUUUUGCUGAUUUGUAUAUCAAAAAAAAAAUAUGUAAAAAGUAUACUAAAUGGAAUAGUUUCAGAAACCCGUUUUGAGAAUUCAGAUUUUAUCACAAUGUGUCAGGAUUUCUGCAGAAGAGUGCAGAAUAAAAAUUGUAUAAAAAACAAAGUUCUUACUAUAUUUGUUAAAAUAUGAUCAUGCUGAGAAGAAGACUUUUAUUGCACCUUUUUUAGAAGCUUUAACUUACUCUCAGUGUCUGGCGAUUAAACAAUGCUGAAAUUAGCAAAAGACACUGAAAGGCGAAAAAGGCCACAUCCUCCCAUUUUGAGUAAGACACUCUUGCGUAAUCAUGACUGGGGCACUUUUGUCAUCACUCUUCUGGAUAUUUCGUUUUAGGUAAAUGUGUUUUGUACCUUCCUGUUACAAUAGAGCAUUGAGAGACCAGAUUGGUUCAUAAUUUUUUUCUACAGGGCACCUUUUAAUGUAACUUUUUCUACAGGGUGCUUACAUACAUAUUUGUGUUUUCUCACUUUGAGUAGCUGACAUCCUACUUGAUAUUAUAAGGUGUUGUAUGCCUGCUCCUCUCCAGGGUUUCCUUUCCAUUGUUAAUGCAAAUAAUAUAUUAGUUUCAUUAAUCAUAUCAGAGGUUUAAAGUACUGAUGAAAUUGAUGACAGGUAUUAAGUGGUGGUUCACGUUUUCAGCUUUUUUAGAGGGAACUGGCAAUGGGGUGGUGUUAGUCAGUAAUGAAUACAUGCAUGAAUAUACUGUAUAUGUCUUUGGUGUUCCUGACUUUGCUUCACAUCUUAUGAUUGGUCACUGGAGGUGAUGUCCCAAGUGAUCAAGUUCGGAAAUGUUUUGACAAAAGAGAAAAGGAUUAAAAGAUGAAUAGUCAAUUAGAUGGCCUUGAGACAAAUCUCAAAUUCUGUACAGUACUGCGUUUGUUUGUUUGUUUCUUUUCUUUUUCUUUUUUUUUUUUAAAUCGACAUCAAUGCAAAAUCAGUAUCACUGAGGAUUUUGAAGCCUUUUGUAUCCUGGACUGUGGAAGUAUCCAGCAAAGCACCUUAAUCUGCUGUCCUCAAGUGAAAAAAAAAAAAAAA